AUGACAUUGAAGCACAAGCAAAGUACUGUAACAAAUAUAUGGAUAGAAGGUGAUUUAAAUUCAUCUUCUUCCAACGAAUCAAAUCACGAUGAAAGUGUUGGCGAGAAAACUGAUAGCACAAGCCGCUUAGGAAAUGAAGAAGAGCAUGUACUGCCACUAGAAGAAAAAACUCAAGAUGAGAUCCUUAACAUAAAUGAAGCGAAAAGUGUACAACAAUCUUUUGAAAUUUCAACGCAAAGUGUAAAUAGUGGUGAAUUCAAAACAGCUGAAGAAAAUGAUUCUACAAUAACUGAUCGUUUAACAGCGUUACCGAGCGAUGAAAAUCGAAGAUCUAAUAAAGUGUCGACAAAUGAGGACAAGUCGAGCUUAAUUAAUGACAAAAAUAACGACGAGAUAAGUAAUGAAAGAUCUAUAACUAAAAUGGAUGAUGAAGAACUUAAUGCUGAUAGUCCCGUAACCGAUAAAUAUUUAAUUCCUGACAUUAUAGAUGAAAACACUAAAAGUGACGAUGAACCAAGCAGUAAAAACCUUAAUAUUGAAAUGAAAGUCACUAAUGAAAAAAGCAGCGAAGAUAGAACAGAUGUAUUACCUGAUACCAGACGCUCUAUGACAUAUGACACACAAGAAGCACUUUUAGACAAUAAAGCUAGAAUAGCAGGAAAUUCACAGGAAAAUAUGAAAGAUCCUGGAACGGCUGUAAAUUCAGGCUUAGGAGUAAUCAACACUGCUAGACCUUUUGGUAGUAGCCAGAGAAGUCAUUUCGGUGAAUUCGCCAGUCCUUUCGCUGUUGCUACUUUAAGUCGUCCUGGACCAAUUUUAAGUACAACUUCGGUACCGUUACCAAAUCCGAAUGCCUUACUAUCAGAACUAACCAGAGUUAAAAGUCAAAAAUUAAAACCUUUGAAUGGAUAUUUAAGACAUACUGCGACUGCAUUAACAAAUUUUAACCAGCAAAAUCCAACUCAAAAAUCGUAUGAUGCUUUCACGUCAUCUGAAUUCAAGCCUUUGGAAGAGUUCAAUUCUAAUCCUUUUGCCAAUGCAUAUCCAUAUGCCUAUAAUCCAACAACCACAACCACAACUCUAAAUCCCUUGGAGCCGGAGUUUAGUCGCUCUCACGUUCCAACAGAUACGUUUUCAAAAUUUCAUCCAAUAUCGGAAAACUAUGGAAAUCCUUUAAUUGGAUACGUUGCAGAUAAUUUACAAUCUUUUGAUCAUGUUGCAUUCAAGUCACAUGAAACAUUUAUACCACCAUAUAUUCCUAAUAUACAUAUACAUAAACCCAUUUCUCAUCACCCAUUCUUUUACCAUAAGAAAUGUUUCUCCUGUUCUUAA